AUGAAUAUUAAAAGAGGGAUAUUUCAAAUUAAAACGAGUGUUGGAAUCAGUAAGAAAAGUGAAGAUAAAGAAUUUCAAAACAUUAAUAAAGAAAUAAUUGAGAAAGAAAAGAAAAUGAAAGAAAUAAUUGAACGAGUAAGUAAAAUUACAACAAGUGCUGAGAAAUUAAUUAGAAUUCCAAAAGAAGUAUUUCUUAUUUUACACGAUUGUUCAGGGGAGAAAAGCAAAGCUAAAGAAGAAAGUGAGAGAAUGAUUAAUGUAUUUUCUUCAAUGGAAGAAGGAGGAAAACAUAUUAAAGAAAUAAUAUAUUGUCAAGUUAUAGAACCUAUGAAAAUAUUUAUUGAAGAAUGGAAAGUUUAUUAUAAAAGAAUAAAUAUAAUGAAAAAUCGAAAGAUAGAUAUGGAUAGACAUUUUGAAAAAUUAGAACAAAUUAAAAAGAAAGGACAAAAGAAACAAAAUGGAAAGAAAGAAGCUGAAGCAAAAUAUAAAGCAUCUAAAGAAACAUAUAUAUUAAUAAGAAAUGAAAUAAUUAAUGAUAUUAGUAAAUUGAAUGAAAGAAUAAAUGAGAUAAAUGAAAAAAUUGAAAGUUCUAUUAUAUUAGGAUUUACAGAAUAUAUUAAUUGUUUAAAUUUAUCAUGGGAUAAAGUUCCAGAAAUGCUUAGAAACAUGAAUACAGGAGAUAUUAAUACACAACCAACAUAUACUCCAAAUGAUCAAUCAAUGAUUAAUGAAACUAAACAACAUAAUAAUGAAAUAAAAGAAUAUAAAUAUGAAAAUAUAGAAAAUGUGAUACAAGAAUCAAUGAAGAAAGAAGAAGAACAUGAAGAAGUUGUAGUUUGUCAAUUUGCAUAUUCAGCAGAAAAUGAAACAGAACUUUCACUUAAAGAAGGAGAUAAAAUUAAAAUUCUUAAUAAAAAAGGUGAUUGGUGGCAAGGAGAAUGUCAAGGAAAUAUUGGAUUUUUCCCUUCAAAUUAUGUUAAAUGA